AAGAGCCUCAUACAUAAAAUUCGAACCCCUUUGCUUUCUUCCUUCCUCGGAACAUCCCGUACUAGAGCUCUUGAUGCAAUUAAGGAUAGUUUCCGAACCUGAAAACUUGCCAAAUUUGAAUAAGAUCCCUUCAACUAUAUAUAUAUAGUCGAGGUGGUUUGCUCCACUCAAUCAUUCAUCGGCUUCUUGAAAGUGCAACCAUCUUAGCUUGAUCGAUCAGGUUUUAAGCAUCCAUCAAUGGCUUAUUACACCAAACCAUGUGUUGUUUUCUUCUUAAUCCUGAUGACUUUGUUGGGAGGGUCGACAGGCAAUGUGUACAAAGUCGGUGAUUCUGCUGGUUGGACUAAUACCGGCGUUGACUACGAAAAAUGGGCCUCCAGCCACACGUUCAAAGUUGGUGACAAGAUAGUAUUCAACUAUGACCCUGAAAAACACGAUGUGGUGGAAGUGAGCCAACAAGAUUACAACAUGUGCAACUCAAAUUCUCCAAUUUCAAGAUACAACAGUGGAAAUGACGAGCUGGAUAUCAUCACUCCCGGCACCUUCUACUACAUCUGCAGCUACUCCAACAUGUGUCAGCAAGACAAGCAAAAGGUGGCAAUCAAGAUCGACAAAGAAAAGAGCACUCCGUCGCCCCCAAAUGCCAGAGUAUGCAUGCGGACUGCUAGCAGUGCAUCGCCCCUCUCUUUCGGCAAACUCUACCUUGGGCUGUUGGCUUCAUGCGUUUUGGCUCUUUACCUGCACUAGUGGCAACCCAAGCCUGCUGCAGGAACCACUGCCACCUAUCCUACUACUAUUAUUGUUAUUACAACAUCGAUCAUACAGCUUAGAGUAUAGGUUUUUGGUAAUUUAAAAUAUAAGAUUUCGGUACCUACGUAGGUUCUUGACUUGAUGAAUAUUUUGGAAAUUUGAGGAGUUGUAUAUCACACAUUAAUUGUUUUUGCUUAAUUAUAUUAU